AUGGUGAAUUCUCGACUAUCAGCCUUGACACCUUCGACACAUACCAGAGUACUCGUCCUGAAAUUCAAAGCUGACUCGUUUGUGAACUCCAGCACCUCUAUUGCGGAAGUGGGUGGCAUCAAAGUGGUGGAUGCCAAUGGGACGUGCUUGAGUUGUGAUUCUUACACAGUUUGCUCUUCCCCUAAUCCGCCGGACGAGAAGGGGGCAUCGGGGAAUGUCACGGGCAGAGAAUGGGCGAGUGGCAAGAGUUGGAGGUGGAAGGUAUUGUCUUCUUCCGUUUUCGACUUCAUGCUCCAGACUCCGAUCUCCAAGCUCAAAGGUGAUGCGAGCUUUGGAGUUGUCAUCAACAGCGCUGUUGACUCUUCAGGCGAAAACUCAGAAGAACAACAAGGGCGACAAGUUACCAAUUGGGUGGUAACAAGUGUUUUGGGCACUCAAGAUACCUCGACUGGAAAAUGGCUUCGGUCAGCUUGGUCCAAGGUUGCUGUGAACCUCAAUGGAGAUUUUCGCUACGGGGUCAGUGGCUCGCAGGGUGCCAUUUUGACAAAGGAUCCUGAAGCUGGAAAGGACUGA